GAAAUGUGCAGAAAAGUGCUCUUCCUGUUAUUCUCCACGACAGUUUUGUCGUUGGUGAUUGCGUAUGACUUCUCCGAUCCCAUCUACAAUUCCGUGCUGUCGACUGAACUGCUCGAGGCGCUAGAUGAUGAGGAGAUUGAUGUGAAUGUGCCGGUGAAUUAUCGUGCACGUCGCGACGCACCUCCUGAGGAUGAUAAGAAGUGCAAGCCACGGAGAUCUGGCUGGAUGUGCUGCCGGGAUCAAAUUGAGAAGACUGAUACUCAUGACAAAUUGAAGGAGAUGAAGAAGCAGUGCUACCAAGAGAUUCGCGCCAAUCACGAUGACGCUGAGCCCUUUGAUAUGUUCUCAUGUGAGCGUCUCAAGAGGAUCAGGCAAGACACGGAGUGUGCCAAGGAGUGCAUUGCCAAGAAGCUCGAAUUCCUCGACGAGAAAGGUGACUUCAGGGCGGAUUUCGUCAAGGACUUCUUCCGCAAUGAGUACACUGAGGCUCAGUGGGCCAAGGAGGCGUCCGACAGCGUGGUGACCAAGUGUCUGGCCGAGGCUGAACAAGAGAAACUGCCCGCGGAGAGGAAGUGCAAUCCCAGGCCCAUUAAGUUCUACUACUGCAUGUGGCGAGAGUUCUCCGUGAUGUGUCCACAGGACAAGAAGAAGGACGGCAGGUUGUGCAAUCGCCUGUACAAGGGCGAAUUCUUCCUGCCCAAGAAUCCCGAGGAGGCCGACGAUAUGAAUUGAUUCCGAAAUUCUCAGCAAGAAUUUAUCAUUUUCACAGCAAUAAACGACUGACUUUCCACAUUAUUC